AUGAACUGCGACUUACCAGAGCACCUAGACAGACACCCUGGUGGUGAGGGAGCUGUCAAGUGGGAUGGGUUGCAAGUGAUGGGAGCAAUGAGAGCAGCGUUCCGUGACAUGCAGUACCUGUCGUGUGUGCUCAAUACGUCUUCCUCAUUAACUACUACUACUACUACUACUCUUACUGUUCUGUUAUAUUCUGUUCCAUUGCUAACUUGUCGGAAUAUGAGCUACGUCAUGCCUUGUCUGGCCAUUACUUCUGAACGCGACAUUCCUCAAUGA